GCCCUCCCCCAGGUCUCUUAGGUGAUGCUGCAGCCAAGAUGGCGCCGGCGGCGGCCGUGGCUGCCUGAGCGCAAUGCUUCGGAUCCUUGGCGGCAGCGGUGGCGGCUGUGGCCUCGGCCGGGGCCUCGGGUCUGUCCCGGGCGUGAGUGCUCACGAGCCUCUCCUCCGGCCGGGUGAAUCCGGACAAAGAGGAGACGGCCUCGAAGAGAGGAGGCAGUGAAGAACUGAGAGAGAGCGCGGCGCCUCCCGCCUCGGCACCAUGGCUGGGCUCAUCAAGAAACAGAUCCUGAAGCACCUUUCCAGCGAUCCCUGCUGAUUGUGGUGGAGAUUGAUGUGCUGUGAAUUUCAUAAUCACCCAAAUGAGUCCCAGAGGAGUCUAAGAAACCCUGGCAACUGACUACUUGCUUUCACCAGGAGUAGGGACCUUUUGUCUGAAUUUCCUGCCCUCAGAUUUACCAAAAAUUUAUCUCCUGACAAGAUAAAUCUUAGUACCCUUAAAGGAGAAGGUGAACUAAAGAAUUUGGAGUUGGAUGAAGAGGUGCUCCAGAACAUGUUGGAUUUGCCAACAUGGCUUGCUAUCAACAAAGUUUUUUGUAAUAAAGCAUCGAUUAGGAUACCAUGGACAAAAUUGAAAACACAUCCCAUCUGUUUGUCCUUGGAUAAAGUAAUAAUGGAAAUGAGUACAUGUGAAGAACCACGAAACCCAAAUGGCCCAUCACCAAUUGCAACUGCUUCAGGACAAAGUGAAUACGGCUUUGCUGAAAAAGUAGUUGAAGGAAUUACUGUUUCUGUAAAUUCUAUUGUCAUUCGCAUUGGAGCAAAAGCCUUUAAUGCCUCCUUUGAACUUUCCCAGCUAAGAAUCUAUAGUGUAAAUGCAAACUGGGAACAUGGAGAUUUAAGAUUUACUCGUAUUCAAGAUCCACAGAGAGGAGAGGUUUUGACCUUUAAGGAAAUAAAUUGGCAGAUGAUUCGAAUAGAGGCAGAUGCUACCCAAAGCUCACAUCUUGAAAUUAUGUUUGCUCCUGUUCGAUUAAUAACCAACCAAUCAAAAAUCAGAGUCACACUUAAAAGAAGAUUAAAGGACUGCAAUGUCAUUGCAACAAAGUUAGUUCUAAUAUUGGAUGACUUAUUAUGGGUUUUAACGGAUUCCCAAUUGAAGGCUAUGGUACAAUAUGCAAAAUCUCUUAGUGAAGCAAUAGAAAAAUCAACAGAACAAAGGAAGAGUAUGGCUCCUGAACCUACGCAGAGCUCUGCGGUAGCCCCAUCUACCCAGCAUGCGAAGACACCACAGACUUCAAAUGCUCCUGAUCUAAGUGAUGCAAUUGUGAAACUGUUCAGUGACUUUGAUGUUAAAGAAACCUCCCAUCAUUUAGUGAUUUCUCAUCUAGAUCUACACAUAUGUGAUGAUAUUCAUGCUAAAGAAAAAGAGUCAAACAGACGUAUCACUGGAGGGGCUAUGCAACUGUCUUUUACACAGCUAACUAUAGAUUAUUAUCCUUAUCACAAAGCAGGAGAUAGUUGUAAUCAUUGGAUGUAUUUUAGUGAUGCAACCAAAACAAAAAAUGGAUGGGCCAACGAGUUGUUACAUGAAUUUGAGUGCAACGUUGAAAUGCUUAAACAGGCUGUAAAGGAUCAUAAUGUAGGUUCACCUCCUAAAUCCCCAACACAUGCCUCUCCCCAGCACACACAAACAGAGAAAGAUUCAGCUCUGAAAGGGGCUUCUAAAAAGCCUUCAGCGUUAUCUCAACAAUCCAAAGUGAAGUUAAUGUCUAGUUCUGUUGUCGUUAGACUUGCUGAUUUCAAUAUAUACCAGGUCUCUACAGCAGAACAAUGUCGAUCUUCCCCUAAAAGUAUGAUUUCUUGCAAUAAAAAAUCCCUGUAUCUUCCACAAGAAAUGUCAGCUGUCUAUAUAGAGUUCACAGAGUAUUACUAUCCAGAUGGGAAGGAUUUUCCAAUUCCAUCUCCCAACCUUUAUAGCCAGCUGAAUGCACUACAGUUUACUGUGGAUGAAAGAAGUAUUUUAUGGUUAAAUCAGUUUGUGUUGGAUUUAAAACAAAGUCUUAAUCAAUUUAUGGCUGUGUACAAGUUGAAUGACAAUUCAAAAUCUGAUGAGCAUGUUGAUAUUCGAGUCGAUGGCUUAAUGCUAAAGGUACCAUAUAAACAAGUGGCUGUGAGAAUAAAACCAUUUUUACAGAAGAAAAGUUACCAGCAUUGUAAUUUCCAGGACUUAAGAUGGUUUGUCAUUCCUUCUGAAAUGAAAUCUGAAUGUCAUCAAGAUCAACCACGUGCAAUUUCUAUUCAGAGUUCUGAAAUGAUUGCUACAAAUACAAGACACUGUCCAAACUGUCGACAUUCUGAUUUAGAAGCUUUAUUUCAAGACUUCAAAGAUUGUGAUUUUUUCAGUAAAACAUAUACCAGUUUCCCCAAAUCUGGUGACAAUUUUAAUCUUCUGCAUCCAAUCUUCCAGAGACAUGCUCAUGAACAGGAUACCAAACUGCAUGAAGUUUAUAAAGGCAAUGUUACCCCCAAGUUGAAUAAACACACUCUUAAAACCUCUGCUGCCACGGAUGUUUGGGCUGUGUACUUUUCUCAAUUUUGGAUAGAUUAUGAAGGGAUGAAAAGUGGGAAAGGACGACCAAUAAAUUUUGUAGAUUCUUUCCCUCUUUCCAUCUGGAUUUGUCAACCAAAAAGGUAUGCAGUGUCACAAAAGUUGCCUCAGACUUGUAAUCAAAUCUCUCUAAAUACAUCACAAAGUGAGUCUAGUGAUCUGACUGGCCGAUGGAAGCGGAAAAAGCUCUUGAAGGAGUAUUACAGUACAGAAUCUGAUCCCCUGACCAGUGGUGGUCAGAAACCUUCUUCAGAUACAUUUUUAAGAUUUUUUUCACCAUCAUCAGAUGCAGAUAUUCAUGUCCUGGUUCACGUUCGUAAACAUGUCAGUAUGCAAAUCAAUCACUACCAGUAUUUGCUCUUGCUUUUCCUCCACGAGUCACUUAUUUUGCUUUCAGAGAAUUUAAGGAAAGAUGUAGAAGCUGUGACUGGCAGUCCAGCUAGUCAGACAUCUGUUUGCAUCGGAAUUUUACUUAAAAGUGCAGAAGUGGCUCUUUUGCUACAUCCUGUGGAUCAAGCAAAUACUCUUAAGUCUCCUGUUUCUGAAAAUGUGAGCCCAAUGGUUCCAGAUUAUCUGCCUGCAGAAAAUGGAGAAUUUUUGCCUUCAAAAAGAAAACAAGUUAGUAGUGGAAUAAAUCAAAUUAGAAGUGUAACUCUUAAUCAUAUGUCAGACAACAGAUCUAUGAGUGUUGACCUUAGCCAUGUCCCUGUGAAGGAUUCUUCGCUUUUUAAAUCAGCUAGUGAUACAAAUCUGCAAAAAGAUAUUUCUUCUCUGGAUUAUUUAUCAGAUAAAAAUUUAGGGAAAAUAAGCGAAGUUGAAAGUAGUGGACUUGUUUGCCAAAGUGGCUCAGGAGAAAUUGGAUCAGAAACAAGUGGCAAAAAGGAUUCAUCUUACACAGAUUCAAAUAGUGUCUUAAACUACAGAGAAGAUUCAAGUAUACUGUCAUUUGAUGAUGGUGGUAAUCAGAACAUACUUUUAAAUAGUUUAACUAGUAAGAGAAGUGAAACCAUAGAGUCGAUCUUUAAGGCUGAAGAUUUGCUUCCAGAAACAGCUUCACUCUCUGAGAAUGUGGAAAUCAGUAAAGAAGAAGCACCCACCAUCAGAACACUUAAAUCACAGUCAUCCUUAAGUGGAAAGCCUAAGGAACGUUGCCCACCCACCUUGGCUCCAGUCUCUACUUAUAAGAACAUGAGAAGAAGCCCCUCACAAACCUCACUGGAUACCAUUUCACUUGACAGCAUGAUAUUGGAAGAACAGUUAUUAGAAAGUGAUGGAAGUGAUAGUCAUAUAUUUUUGGAAAAAGGUAUUAAAAAGAAUUCAACUACAAAUUACCAGAGCCCAGCCGAUCAGACAAAUGCCAGUGCAAACCUACAGAAUUAUGGUGAAACCUCUCCAGACGCCAUCAGUACAAAUUCAGAGGGUGCUCAAGAAAGUCAUGAUGACCUGAUGUCAGUUGUGGUAUUUAAAAUUACUGGUGUUAAUGGGGAAAUUGACAUCCGAGGUGAAGAUACGGAAAUCUGUCUUCAAGUGGACCAAGUGAUACCAGAUCAGUUAGGCAAUAUCAGUCUACGGCAUUACCUUAGUCAUCGUCCAGUAGGUUCAGAUCAUAAAGCUGUAAUUCAUUCUAAAUCCUCUCCUGAGAUUACUCUGAGAUUUGAAAGUGGGCCUGGUGCUGUAAUACACUCUUUGCUUGCAGAAAAGAAUGGAUUUCUGCAAUGCCAUAUAGAAAACUUCAGCACUGAGUUUCUUGUGUCUUCUCUUAUGAAUAUUCAACAUUUUUUGGAAGAUGAAACAGUUGCAACAGUGAUGCCAAUGAAAAUACAAGUUUCUAACACAAAAAUAAAUUUAAAAGAUGACAGUCCUCGUAGUAGUACAGUAUCCCUUGAACCAGCUCCUGUGACUGUUCAUAUUGAUCAUCUCGUGGUAGAGAGAAAUGAUGAUGGCUCUUUUCAUAUCAGAGAUUCUCAGAUACUUAACACUAGAAAUGAUUUGGAAGAAAAUGUCAAAAGUGAUUCAGUGCUACAUACCAGUGGAACAUGUGAUCUGAAGAAACAACACAGUGUCACUCAAGCCACUCAGACGAGCCCAGAAGUUCCUUGGCCUUCUCAGUCAGCCAACUUUCCUGAGUGCUCUUUUGACUUUACUAGGGAACAGCUCAUGGAAGAGAAUGAAUCACUUAAACAAGAAUUGGCUAAAGCUAAAAUGGCUCUUGCAGAGGCUCACUUAGAAAAAGAUGCUCUUCUCCAUCAGUUGAAUAUCAGGAGUGGCAGCCAGAAACUCAAGUUAUAGCUUUGGAGUGUGGAGGUUAUAUUUAUAAUGUGAUGUUACCAAUUAAUGGGAAACUUUCCUUUUCAUGAAAAGACAAUAAAAUGAAAUAGAAUGUGAUGAAGUGGUGACUAUUCCAAAACCAGUUUAGAAAAUACUAGGUAUGGGCAUUACAAUCUUUUGGUUGUUUUGUGUUUUAGGGUUUAACCCUCUUUUAAACUGGUGUGAUAUAGGGAAGUCAAUGCAUACUGUAAGAUGAAUUCUAUGCCUCAUGAAUAGAAGAUGUCAUUUCCUAAUUUUGAUAUUACAUUAUAGACAUUUUUAAAAAAGAAAAAUGAAAAACUAUUGUGUUCUCACAGAUUGCUGAAUUUAUUUAUCACUUUGUUAAUAAUUUACUAUUAUUUACAGAGAUUCAGAUGCUUUUAGGGCUAAUGUAAAAUAAAAGGAGGCUUAUAUUUUAAGUGUUACUAAAAUUAUGUACUUAAAUCUAUAACUAUUACUGUAAAAAAAAAAGUCCAAUCAAAUUAAUAAAUUAUCUAAUUGCUGGGUUUGAAAACUCUGGAAAAUCAUCACCCUAUGGAACGUAGGAGGUAACUUUAAAAUGUGAAAAAGAAUCAUUUUAAGUGAUGGGUACGCUGUAUAAGUUGAAGCUAUAGUUUUCAACAAAGAAGAUGGUACAAAUGUUAAAAUAAAAAGCACAAACUAUAAAAAAAGCAAAGCAUUAGAGUAUAUGGCCAACUGAUUUAAAAAGCAUUACUUGUACAUUCCUUUAAAACAUGUAUUGUUAGACGUCAAAGAGUAAUUUAUCCUGCUAAAUUUGGCAGCAUUUGUAACUAUAAGAAUUUUAAUUAAUACUGUUUAUAUUAUUUCUUUUAUCUUCAUCUUUCCUCUAUUUAAGGAGGGUAAUGUUUUCAGAGAAUUUUCUUUUCACAUACAUAAAAUGCAUUCAUACCCUUCCUACAGUAUCUUAACAGGUGGUUGUUUGCACAUGUUGAAUUUAUAAUGCUAGUUUUGAUUAAAGUUCUAUGUGACUUAUAUCUUGAAAAAAGAAUAACUGGUAAACUCUGAAUUCUAUUUUCUAGGGAUUGUUAAGGUUGAAACCAACAUGAGAGAGAGUGUCAAUCAUACAUUAUAAAAUAAAAGUUUAUGAGUAUUUAAGAAACAGAGGCUUUUAACAAUUUAAAAUAUAUUUCUGGUAAAAUUAAACUAAGUGGGGUCUAUUUUAAAAUUCACAUUCUUAAACAUAAAUAUAUUCAAGAUAGAACUGAAACAGCUGGACUGCUCUUUGUUUAAGUUACUUGAAAAAUUUCAAAUUUUCAACCACAUGAGGAUACUUUAUGGUGCUUUGCUUGUUGGCAUGACUUAUAUAGCCAUUCCUAUAUCUAAAUACUUGGAAGGAAAUAUGUUUCAUUUUAUGUUAAGUGUUAGAGUGAUUUUAUAUUUUAUUGAAAAUCGUACUGGCCUUUUUUUUUUGUCUUUAUUGUCCAUUUUCAUUAACAUUAUUUAAAAAUACAGGCCGUGUUUUGGGAGCUAAGGAUAUAGCAAAGAACAAGUUAAAUUGUUAUUAUUUUACCUCAGAGUAUUUUAGAAAUCAUGUUAAACCAUUUUAAUCUAAAACUAUUGUAUAGUUUUAGAUUAAAAGCAAAGGUCUAAUUAAAUAUUUUGAAUGUAUAGCUUAUAUCCUUAGUAGAGUACUUUUGAUCUAUAGGUAUAUAUUCAACAAAAGCAGUCUCUAUUAUAGAAAAGCAGGAUGAUGGUACGUGAACUUCUCUAGAACUUGCAAUGGUUUUCAGAUUUGACAUAUUUGCUCCAUAUGAACUUUAAAUUUAUGAUGUAUUAUAAUUAAUUACUGUUAUAGAUCCUGAAUGUUUUUCUUAUUUUCAAUUUAUUUGGCCAUCUCAAGAAAAUCAUAUAAACAGUAGAGAUAAUAAUUAAUACGAAGCUGAAUAUUCUAUGUGCUUUGUUAGAUUUUUAAAAAUUUAUAGUGAUUACUAUUUUUAUAGAGAUUUAAAAUUCAUAAAUCAUUUCCAAAAACAUUGUAUAAUUCCCACAACAAGCCUGUGAGGUAGGUGUUAUUUACAUUUUAAAAGUUUAAUAAAGACCUUAUGGCUCAGAAAGAACAAAUGACUUGACUGAAAUCACAAUUAAUAACCUGCUCUUUUCACUGAAAUCCCAAUUAUAUGUUUUUAUUUAAACCUUAUUCCUUAUUUCACAUAUUUUUCCAGAGGUAGGGAAAGUAAUCACUUAUUGGUCUUUUAUCUUUUUUUUUUAAGAUGAAUAUAAUGCUUUUAAAAGAUGUGUGUGUAUAUAAAAACAAACUACUUGAAAAAUAAGGGGAGAAUUUUGUUUAAGUUAGUCUCAAUCUUUUUUGCUGUAUGAGAAAUAUAAGAAUCAACCUGUAAUAAACUUAUUAGAGUUUUUAAAUGACCACAAAUUAAAAUUAAAGUUGCCUUGUCUUUGCUAAAUCCCUAGCAGAGAUGUUAGUAAUCAGGGGAAGAAAAUUAUAUUAGUGUUUUUCUUUUAAAUUUCAUAUAUGCGAAAAACAUAUUCUUGGUAUUGUAUUUUUAUCUUUUCUCAUUGUAGAGUUCAAAAGAUCACCGUGUUGUAAUGAAACAUUAUUAUUUAAGCCAUGUAAGAAUAGCUUUAUAUGAUUGCAGGCAAAUAUAUGACAAAAUUAAUCAGAAACUUAUUUUGGGUUUUUAUUGUGGUUAUUUUUAUUCAGUACUUGUCAAUACAAGGGUUAAAUAUUCCUCUUUAAGUUUUUAUUAAUGUAUCCAAUCUAAGGUUCCACCAUCACAGUGGUUCCUAAGUUAGUAACCUAGAACUUUGUCUCUCUAACCACUGCCCCCCCCCAUCAAUUCAUUACCACAUCCUUUCAUUUUACCUAAUAAAUUUGUCUACUUCUCUUCAUUUACCACUUUUCUAGUCUAAGCUAACAUUAGCACUUUUUGCCUGCAGUUGCUUCUAUAGCCUCCUAAUUGGUCUUCCUAAGCUACCCUGACCUUUCUGAUUCAUUUUUAUACUGCAGGCAGAUUUCUCUCUCUUUUUUUUUUAAGUGCAAUUUUAAUCAAGGUAACUCACCUAACCCUAGAUGGAAACAAAAAUAUUUUAUGUUACCUAUGAUAUCAAUUAUUAGGGCUGCUAUUUAUAAUUCUGAACAUUGAAAGAGUUAAUACCUCAAAAACAUUAAAGCAGUGACUGGCACAUCACCUUAAAAGCAUUUAAGAGAAGUUAGCUAUUAUUACUUCUUAGUUUCAUUGUGCUCCUUGUUUCACUUACUUUGUAUUUGACUCUUACUGCACUUUAAAUAUCUGAAAUUAGUGAGAAUUAAAGUGUUUCUUCCACCAAAGGAACCUUUGUUCAUGCUAUUCUUUUGCUUGAAAUACCUUCAUCACUUAGUUGACUCCUAUUUGUCUUUCAGAUCUCAGCUCAUUCACUACUUCCUCAGGGAAGCAUUCCCUAAUUUUUUUCAGAGUAAGAAAAAAAUUAUAUUAUCACAUGACCUCUACUUAAUGUUGAACACCUUUGUAAUUUUAUAUAUAUUUGUUUGAUUAAUGUAGACCCUCCAGAUUGUAAACUCCAUAGGACAGGAAUUGUGUUUUUGUGUCACUGUUCAACUUUGUAUUCUUUGUGCCUCAUAUAGUGCCUGGCAAGUAGUAGGUUCUCAAUAAAUUUGUUGAAAUAAUAAAAUAAUGGAUGAGAUAUCAA